AUGUAUGGAGUACGGAGUAUGUGGCCGUUGAACGCAGUCCGGAGUAGACCUAGCUUAAAGCACAGACCAACGCUAAAGUCUCCCCUCGGAGUCUCUUGGAAUCUCCGCUCAUCUGUCCACUUCUCCCCCAAUCAUCCCAAAAUGCGUCUCACCUCCAUCCUCGUUGCCACCCUUGGCUCCCUCGCCGCCGCCGCCGACCUCGGCAUCGAAGUCACCAAGUCGGUCGAGUGCGACCGCAAGACUGUCAAGGGCGACGGUGUCUCCAUGCACUACCGCGGCACCCUGCAGUCCGACGGCUCCGAGUUCGACUCCAGCUACAAGCGCCAUGCUCCCUUGACUUUCAAACUUGGAACCGGCCGUGUCAUCAAGGGAUGGGACCAGGGUUUGCUGGACAUGUGCAUUGGCGAAAAGCGCACUUUGACCAUUCCCCCCGAGUUCGGCUACGGUAACCGUGGUGUUGGUCCUAUCCCCGGUGGCGCGACAUUGGUUUUCGAGACCGAGCUGGUUGCUAUCGAGGGAGUGAAGGAUGAGCUUUGA